AUGGCCUCACGAUCUCCUUCCUUCGCCUCUACAGUCCUGCGGCAACUGCGCAACCAGCCCCGGAGCCUCCCCUCUUUCCUGCGCGCGCCUGCCAUUCGCCCAGUCGCAAACCUCAACCAUCAAUCCUUCCGUGCAGCGCACAACAUCCCUCGACCAUCCCCUCAAACAUACGCCAAGCCAGAUCCCAAGAAGACGCAGACUGGCGAGGCACCCAAAAGUGAAGGAGCAAGGCCCGAGAUCAAAGCUUCCCACUACCAGCUGUCAUUCACCUGCGUUCCCUGCGGCCAUCGCUCUCACCACAACGUUUCUAAGCAGGGUUACCACUUCGGCUCUUCGCUCAUUACAUGUCCAGAGUGCCGAAACAGACAUAUUAUCAGCGACCACCUGAACAUCUUUGGAGAUCGAAAAAUCACCGUCGAAGAUCUUAUGAGGGAAAAGGGUCAGCUCGUCAAGAGAGGCAGCCUGGGUGAAGAUGGUGACAUCGAGUUUUGGCCAGAGGAUUCCCUCUCAGCAGACAAAGAGACUGGAAAGUCUGAGAGUUCAUGA